CUUAAACUACUAUCUACAAAGACAGGACAAACUGCAAAGGAGAAGCCACUCAGUGGUAAACAAACGACUCCUGUUUUGCGUCAAGCAAUUUCAGAGGUGCUGAAACCAAUAAUUAGCAACACAUUAAUGCAUCCUUCAAGGCGAGGAUAUGCAGCACAAGAGCGAGGCAAGCAAUAAGGCCAAACGGCCAACCACAGCAGCGGCGCUGCUAUGGAGGGUCUGACCGCUAUCGAGGCCCUGUUGCUGCCAGCAGCGCCGGCGCAAGCGGCUGAUGGCGCGACAGGCGCAGCAGCGGCGACCGCGCCCGCGUCCUUGCCAGCCUCGGCACGCGGCCAGGCGGCGCCCCACUCGGCCCAGUCCGGUUCCAGUCUCACGCCCCCCGGGCGCGUCUCAGCCACCGGCACACCAGGAGCAGGCUUUGGUCUGGGUGCGGGUGCGGGUGCGGGUGGGGGUGGGGGUCUGGGCCUAGGUGCGGGGCCCAUGCUGCAGUUCUAUCUGCAGCUGCCCAUGCCGCCCGCGCAGGGCCUGGUGGCCACAGUCGCGCUGCCGCCGGCCGCGCCACCCGCCGGCGGCACCACGGAGCGCCUGAGGCUGCCACCGUCAGCCAUGGCGCCCUCACCGUCGGGCAGAGCCCGGGGCUCCGCCAGCGGGGCCCCGGCAGGACCCACCGCCAUCACCAGCUACAGCCCUGGCCCUGGCCCGGGCGCCGGCGGCAUCGGCAGUAGCAGCCCCGCGCCCCCCGACCCCCGGGAGCUGCGGCGCUGCCUGCUGGCGCUCAGCUUCAACUCGCCCGCCGCCACCUGGGCCGCACUGGCGCGCCUGCAGGCCCUGGCCGCCGCCAGCCCCGGCGGCGCCGCCGCGCUGGCGGCGCUGCAGCCGGUGCCGCUGGUGGCGCGCGUGUUUGCGGACGCCGCGCGCGGCUGCUGCUGCGGCGGCGCUAUGUUGGGAGGCUUAGGUGCCGCGGGAUGGAGUGGGUCAGGUGGCGGUGGCGGGGGUGGCGGCGAGGCAGCCACUGCGGAGCUGGCUGCGGGCGUGCUGGCGGCGCUGCUGGGGCAGGCGGGUCUGGCGCUGCAUGAGGACGUGGCGGCGCAGCUGGUGCUGCCGGCGGCGGUGGCGCUGAUGACGGGUGGAGGAGGGGCAGGAGCAGGAGGAGGAGGAGGAGGGCGGGGGGCAGCCGGGGACGGCGGCGCGGGCGCGGCGGCGCUGGCCAGCGGUGCAGUCAGCAGCACCCUGCAGCUGUACAUGCGGACGGCGGCAGCGGGCGGCGGCGGCGGCGGCAGCGGGUAUGUCAGUGCCGCGGACAGGUGUGCGUUAACACACCAACCACAUCCCCACCACCACCACCACCACCACCACCAUCAAUACUAUCCGCACCAGCACCACCAGCAGCAGCAGGUGCCCACCAGCUGCCGACUGGCGGCGGCGCGAUUGCUGCUACUGCUAGCCACCUCGGCGCCCGCCCCGCCGCCGCCGGCUCUACGCGGCACCGCCGCGCCGCCGCCGCCGCCCGGCGGCCGCAGCCCGGGCCCGGGCGCUGUACGGGACGGGCUGGUGGCAGCGGGGGCACUGGAUGCGUGCUGUACGGCGCUGCGGGACUCUCUUGGUGCGGGCGGCUUCGGAGGCGGCGGCGGCGGCGGGCCGCUGGACGAGCUGCAACUGACGGCGCUGCGGCUGCUGGCGGCGCUGACGGCGGACGUGGCGGGCGAGCCGUGGCAGUGGCCGGUGGUGCGCGCGGCGGCGGUGGCGGACUGCGCGGCGCAGUGUGUGGCGCUGGUGCAGCUGCUGGCGCCGCUGGGUGGCGAGGAGGCGGCGGAGCUGGAGGCGGCGGAGGAGGGGGUGGAGGCGGCGGCGGCGCAGGGCGAGUGGGGUGGGGGCAGCGGCAGCAGCAGCCGCAGCACCCGGGGUGGUAGUGGUGGCGGCGGGCUCGAGGCGGUGGUGGGUGUGCUGCUGCAGCGCGGGCGGCCUGACCUGGCUGCGUACCGGUGUGCGGUGGGUGUUGUGGAGGCGCUGUCCCGCGGGCCGCUGCUGGUGCGUGAGGCGCUGGUGCGGGCGGGCGCGCUGAGCCCGCUGCUGGAGGCCGCCAUGCUGUGGCCGCCGCCGCCCGGGGCAGCGGCAGCGGCGGGAGCAGCGGGAGCAGCAGCGGGAGCAGUAGCAGCGAUAGGUGGCGGCGGAGCCCUGGUGGGGCCGGGAGCAGAGCUGGCGGCGCUACUGGGGUACGGUAACGGCGGCGGUGGCGGCGGCGGCGGCGGCGGCGGCGGCGGCGGCGUUGACACGGGCCUGGGGUUGGGGCUGGGCUACCAGGCGCCGUCGCGGCGGCACUUCGUGCGCUGCCUGGGUAUGCUGCUGUCGCUGUCGGCGCUGCCGGGGGUGCGGGGCGCGCUGGGCAGUGCCGGCAUGGCGCCGCUGGCGGGCCACCUGCUGGGGCUGCUGGAGGCGCAGGAGGGGCUGGACCUGCCGGCAGCAGGAGGAGGCGGCGGCGGCGGUGGUGGUGGGGUUGGCGGCGCGGGGUCGGGCAGCCGCAGCGCAGCAGGGCCGGGUGCAGGCGCCGCGACUGGUGCUGCCUCGUCCGCUGCCGGCCCGCUGCGGCGGCCGCUGCUGGAGCUGCUGCUGAACCUGGCACUGGACGCGCCGCGCGGCCACCCUGGGCUGCUGGCGGCGGGCGCGCCGGCGCUGCUGGUGCGCUGCAUCGCCUCGGCCGGAGGCGCCGCCGCCGCCGGGGCACAACCUGCCGCCCGCGUCUCAGCCAGUGGUGGGGGCCCAGCCGGCAAGGCGUUGGAGCAGGUGCGGCUGGCACCCACAGGGGAGCCACAGGGCCCGCCGCCGCCGCCGCCCCAGCCGCUGCCGUGGCGCGCCGCUGCGGCGCUGCGGCUUGUGGCGGCGGCGGCUGCGGACGCGCGGCAGACGGCGCCGCGGCCAGCCAUGCAGGCGGCGCUGGCGGCGGCGGGGGCGCUGGAGGCGGUGGCGGAGGUGGCGCAGGCCGCGGCGGCGGCGCCGGGCGCUGGCGGCGCGCUGGGUGACGCCUAUUGCCUGAGCCUGGGCGCGCUGUGUGCGCUGAUGGCCGGCAACGGAGGCCUGCAGCGGCGUGUGGCGCGGCGCGCGGGGCUGCUGACGGCACUGUCGGCGGCGCUGGCCCACCCAACCGUCACCGGCUCCCCACUGCGGCUGCGCGCCACGCUGGCGGCAUGGCGGCUCAUCACGGCGCCGCUGGCGGCCCCCAGUGGCGGCGCCGCCGACCCCGCUGUGGCGCAGGCGCUGCUGGUGGGACUGGGGCAGCUGUCGCCGGCGGCGGCGGAGCUGGGCCUGCCCUGGCAUGGCGCAGGGCCCGGCGGCAUGGGCGGCGGCGGCCGGCUGCCGCAGCCGUCUCAGGUGUUGCGGAUGUCGGGCGGGCAGGUGCUGGUGGUGGAGGGCAGCGCCGCCUCGGGCUCGCAGCUGGGGCUGGGCCCGGGGCUGCCGUCACCCGCCGGCGGCUCGCGGCGGCAGUCGCUCGAUCGCGGCCGGCGCCGCAGCAGCGACGUGGGGUCGGAGCUGGACCACUACCUGCCGCGACUCGGGCCGGGAGGAGGGCUGGGGGGAGGGCCGGCAGUAGCGAGGACAAAUGCCAGUGGGCAGAACAGUGCGAGCGGCGGCGCCACUGCCACCACUGCCGCGCCCGGCCACCUGCGCGGCGACCUGUUGCUGCCGCAGCUGCAGGCCGCCGCCGCCGCCGCCGCUGCCUCCUCGCCGCGGUCGUCCCUGGACCGAGACCGCUCCGUCACCGCCACCAGCGGCAACGGCAACAGCCCGGCCCGGCCGCCGCUGCCGCGGCCGCCCAGCGAGCGCGGCGGCGCGUCCGCAUCAGCGCCUGUGUCAGGCUCCGCCGCGGGGCCGGCGCCGCCGUCGCUGUCGCCGCGCGCGCAGCAGGUGCCGGUGUGGACGGGGCCCCUGCUGCCGGGCACGCCGCUGCCGCCGCCAGGCGCGCCGCCGCCCACCGUGCCGCCGCUGCAGCUGCCUAGCUGUGUGGUGGUCAGUGCAGCCGUCAGCGGCGCCCCGGCCACCCCGGGCUCACCUCAGCGGCCACCGCUGCCGCACGCCGCGUCCGGCCACUCGCCGGCGCUGUCCCGCCGCGGCAGCAGCAGCCACCGGCGGCCCGGCAGUUCGGCCGCGGCGCCCGGCCGCGGACGCGGCGGCGGCGGCGGCGGCGGCGGGAGUGGCAGCGGCAGUGCCAGCGGUGGCGAGGCGGCGCCUGCGGGUGUGGCUGCGCACCAUGGGCACCCGGGCGCGGCGGAGCCGCACAGGGCGGUGUUCUCCUCACCCGCGGAGGAGGAGCCCGGCUUGCCGCUGCCGGGGGUGGGUGGCACCGCUGACGAGGCGGCGGCCGGGGAUACAGGUGGGGUCCGCACCUCGCAGGGCUCCACGCCGCGCAGCCGACCCGGCAGCCGGCCCUCCAGCUCGCUGGCGGCGGGCCGCGCACACACGCCGCCGGCAGGCCCCGCCAGCGGCAGUGUGCCGCCGUCGCCCAACCCCCCGCCGCUGCCUGGAGCGCUGCCCGACGAGGACGCAGAUAAGGACACAGCGUACAUGGCGGCGGCGGCGGCGUUUGGCGGCAAUCAGGCGCGGAUGGCGGAUCUGCUGCCGGUGUCGCCGGACGGCGCGGUCACGCCGGCCGCGGCGGACGAGGGCAGCCGGCGGCUGCUGGGGCCGCGGCCGCCCAGUCUGGUGGGCGUGGUCCCGGAGGUGGAGGUGGAGGUGGCGGUGGAGGUGGAGGUGGAGGUGCGGGCGGGCGCUGUGCUAGUGCCGGACCCGACUGCUGUCGAUGGCGUGGCUUAUCCCGCCGACAAGGCCGCGGCGGUGCGGGCCCUGAGCGGCAGGGACCAGCCGGCGGCAGCAGCACUGCCACCCGGGCCGCCGCUGCCGCAGCCGCAGCCGCAGCCGGCGGCCACCCCGGGCCCGCCGGCGCCCCUGCAGCCGCAGCUGUCCGGCCUCUCGGACUCCAGCUUGGCUGGCGGCGCGGCGUCAGGGCCGCUGGCGACGGCAGCGGCGCCGCCGCCGGCGCCCCUAAGCUCCGCCGUGCCUGCUGCCGAGCUGGCGCCGCCGCUGCUGUGCCUGGUGAGCCACCUGCAGGCUCUGCUGCCGCGGCCGGACUGCCGCGCGGCGGCGGCGCUGGUGCUGGUGCAGCUGUCACGGCUGGAGGCGGUGGGGCGUUGCAGCCUGGUAGCGGGCGGCUGGGGGCAGCUGCUGGGAGCCAUCAGCAGCAGCCUGGCGGGCGGCGACGACAGCGAGGAGGAGGCGGAAGAGGGCGGGCGGGCGCGCCGCGGCGGCAGGCACGGCAGUAGCAGCGACAGCGGCAGCGACAGCGAUAACGACAGCGAUGAUGACGGUAAUGUGGGUGCCAGCAGGAGGCGCCGGCGGGCGCGGUCGCGGGCCCGGGGCCGCGGCCGUGGGGAGCGGCUGGCGGGCGCCGCCGCCGCGGCGGCUAGGUCGCAGCUAGUGGGCCUCACUGACCCGCGGGACCAGCUGGCGCUGCUGGAGGCCAUGGAGGUGGCUGUAGCAGGCGGCGGCGCCACUUGCGGCGCCGGCGGCUGGCGGCUGCAGCUGGACACGGCGGGCGGGGGGCGGCGCGCGCUGACGGCGGCGCCCAUUGUGACGGCGCUGGCGGAGCUGGUGGCGGGCGAGGGCCGACUGGCGGCCAGCCUGGCGGCGGCCGUGGCGGCGGAGGGCCCGGCCGGCGGCGCGCUGCCGCCGCCGCCAGUGGGCGUGCCUGCACCCGCGGCGCGCUACCACUUCCUCGACCACGACGGCGCUACGGGUGCGGCGGGUGGUGGAGGCGCUGCGGCGGCGCUGCAGCAGCAGUAUGCGCGGGCUGCGGCGGCGGCGCCGCUGCUGCUGCGCGGCCGGGCGCUGGCCAUGAGCAGUCUGGCGGAGCUGGUGCCGCUGCCCGAGGUGGCGGCGCGAGUGCAGGGCGGCGCCGCCGGCGGCGUGCUGGCGGCGGAGGUGCUGGCGGCGCUGGCAGCGGCGACGGCAGUGGCGGAGCCGCCGCCGAACAACGGUCUGACCCGCUCUAUAUCACUGUCCGGGGCAGCGGCGGCGGCGGCUGCCGCAGCGAGUGGCGCAGGUGGCAGUGAGGCGGCUGGCGACGAGUCGGCCCGCCGGCUGCGGAACGCGGCGGCGAAGCUGCUGCUGCGGCUGGCGGCGCACGUGCCCAGCGCGCGCCAGGUGCUGGGGGCGCCCGGGUGCGUGGGCAGGCUGGUGGGGGUGCUGUCGGCUGUGUGGGCGGUGCACGACCAAGCCCUGGGCCCCGGUAGCGUCAUGGCGGCGGCGGCGACGCUGCUGCCCGCCGCCCCCGGCCGUAUCAAUGUCGGCCCAACCGUCAGUGGCUCUGGCAUCGCCGCAGCCGCGCACCAGCCGCCGCCGCUGAUGGCGGCGCACAGGCCGCCGCCGCUGCAGCUGGCGGUGGCGGCGGAUGGCGCCGCCAGCAAGCCCCACCCGGCCACCAGCACCGGCAUCGCCACCUCUGGCGCUGGCGCUGGCGGCGGCGUCACAUCCGUCGCCGCGGCUAUGCACCGCUCCAUGACCACUGGCGGCGGCGUCCGCGGCGCCACCACGCCGCCGCUGCUGAUGCACAGCGGGCUGAGCCACGUGAUACGGUCGGGCCAGAGCGCGCUGCUGUCCGCCGCCGGCCUGGGCGGCAUGGGCGUCAGCUUGAGCGGCGCGGCGGGGGGCCACCUGCUGCUGGUGGACUCGCCGCACUCGGUCACCACUCGCGUGUCGGUGCAGAUGGCGGCGGGGCCGGAGGCAGGCGCGUGGGCGCCCUCGCCCGCGGGGCCGGCGGCGGCGCUGAAGAUGCUGGAACUGGCGGCGGAGGCGGCGGAGGCGGCGGAGAGCGCCCAUCCCACGGCGGCGCCGCCGCUACCGACGUCCACCUUUGCCAGCCCGCGACCACCCACCUUGCAGCCCGAGCCGCCAGGGCCGCAGGCAGCUACUAGCGGCGUGACGCCGCGGGAUGGCAGCCACCGCUGGCGGGAGGGCGGCCCGCCGCCGGCGUCCGUGCUCAGCCGGCCCACCACACCGCUGCGGCUGCAACUGGCGCAACAGGGGGCGCUCUCCGGUGCGACGCCGGCCGGCUUCUCCGUCACCUUCGCGCCGCCACUGGACCCGCAGACGGCGGCGGCGCUGGUGGCGGCUGACGGCGGCGGCACCGCCGCCGCUGCGGCGGUGGCUGGCGGCAGCGACCGGAUCUCGCGACUGGUGGAGGCUCUGUUUGGGGAGCCGGAGGGCGGCGGGCCCGGCAGCGGCGCCGACAGUGACGAUGGCGACGAGUGGCACGCCGGCGGCGGCGGCGGCCUGGGUGUGCGGGCGCAGAGCGAGCGGCGCAGCAGUGCGGGUGGCCAGGAGCCGGGGCCGGGCGGCCUGCAGCAGCAGCGCAGGAAACCGAUGCGGCGCGGCACACGUGUGAUGGCGCCGCCGGGGGCCGCGGCGGGAGCCGGAGCCGGCGGCGGCGUGGGGCCGCUGGCGGCUGGCGGCGGGCUGCGCCUAGGCCCGGCGGCAGCGGCUGCUGCUGCGGCUGCUGUGCACCUGACGCAGCUGUUGGCGCUGCUGGCGGACUGCGGCGUGGAGGCAGCCCGGGCCAUGGCCACGCUGCCCGCCGUGGAGCUGUUUGUGGACCUGCAGCACAGCGCCGCACCCCCCCUGGCGGCGGCAGCGCUGGCGCUGCUGGGGGCGCUGGCGGCGCGGCAGGACGCGCACGAGAGCCUGUGGGACUGCGACGCAGUGGCGGGGCUGGUCAUGCACCUGCAGCUGCGCUCCGCCGCCGCCAUCACCGCCGCCGCCGCCGCCUCGGAUAGUUUGUCAGAUGGGGAGAGCACUGGCUCUGGUGGCAACAGCGGAACCGUGGGCAGUGGCGGCGGCACCAGUGGUAGUGGUGUCGUGACGCCGGCGGGUCUGCAGCUGCUGGCGGCGCAGGCGCUGGCGCGGCUGUGCGCUGACCCCGACCUGCAUGGGCGGCUGGCGGCUACGGAGCUGCCGGCGGCGCUGAUGGCGCUGGUGCGCCGAGCCGCCGACAGCUGGCAGACGGCGGAUGGCGCCGCAGCUGGGGCGGCUGGGGCGGUGGCGGCGGGUGCGGACUCGGGCGGUGGUGCUGGAGGCGGUGGGGGAGCGGCGGCAGCAGUGGGGGGAGCGGCGGGUGGCGGUGGCGGCGGCCCCAGUCCGCAGCUGCUGCUGGUGGUGCUGACGGCGUUGCACUCGCUCAUGGAUUGUUUGGAGGUCCGCCGCAUGGCACGCGACCGGCUGGCUGUGCAGCUCGGGGUGCUGGCCGCGCCCCCGCAGGGCCACACCCACCGCCCCAGGCAGUCGGGCGGCGGAGCAGCAGGCCCCGCCGCCGCCGCCGCCGCCGCCGCCUCCCACCUGGACCAGGCGGCGGUGUGUGAGCUGGCGGCGCGUGUGGGCGAGCGGCUGCGUGGCGGCUUCCGGCUGCUGGCGGCCCGCAGCACCCCCGUGUAGUAGCAGUGGUGGAGCAGCCCCGUGUAACAGCGCAGCCCGUGCUGUGUGCCGUGUGCCGCGUGCUGUGUGCCGGCGGGUGAGCCGGCUUUGAUAUGUAGGAACGCAUGAGAACUGAUAAGCAGCUUGGCAAACGUUUGCGCUUGCGUGCGUGCAUACAGGUGUACGGGUGCACUUACAUUGAGUUCUUAUGUCACAUCGCUUUGUGUGUAUGUGGAAAGGGUCAACGGCAUGCACAUGCGGAGGAGGGUGCAUGUCUGAGUGUGGGGCUGCAGAAGCUCCUUGGGCAAACGCGCUGCGGGGGCGCCAGUGGCUGUGCAGUAGUGCGGGAGCCACACCACCCACAGCAGGAGCGUGUUGGCACUAGCGCUACGGCAUCCACCACAAUAAGCAUGGCCCAAUUUUGCGGCUUUGGGUCGAUACGAUUUUUAAAUUUACAGGCGCACGCGGCGCACGCUUGCUGCGGGAAUGCACACAUCAAGUUUAUGGCAUACGUUGGGCUUCUCGGUCAGCCGGGUUAAUGUAUGGAUGGCGUGCGUUUUGGGCGUACGGAGUGUGCCGUGUGUGCCGUGUGUGCCGUGUGUGUGCGAUGACGUGGUGGUGCGCACGAUGUGGCGGCGUGCAGUCCUACUGAGGGCACGGGCAUGGCGUUCAAAUAAGUGUAAGCUAGUGUGAAUGCAAAUGCAAGACGCCGCCGAGUGCUCAAGGCUAGCAAGCAGCAAGAAAGGAGUUAGCAGCAGUUGCGGUUGCUUGUCACCUUUCGAGACGAGAAGCGCGCGCCCCACGCGGCUCUGCAGCAGGCGCACCAAGUGGGUACACUGGCGUGAAGCAGACCGCUGGCCCGGGCAGGGCUGACGACGUGUACCAGCUCACGCGCGACUAGGCUGCCAUUCGCGACAACGCGAAACUGGCGAAACCCACGCACAACAUAAACACAUACCGCAAACCCACCUGGCGUGUCACAUGAUGGGAGCAGAAGAGGGCUGCAUGGAACCGGCGGAUGUGUGGGGUAUUGUACGUUGGUGCAGGUGUGCUGGUGCAUGUACCAUGCAGCCCACGCUGUACAGACUAUCCGCCGG